AUUCCUGAUCGACAUAUUUUAGUAAUCAAUCGAUAAAUUUAUCAUUUUCACACGUUAGAAAUGGUUUCUAUAGAUAAAUUAACCAGAGAGGAACUUACCACUAUCAUUGCACAAGAAUUACAUAUUGAUGUCGCUUUUCCUUGUUUUUCUGUUGAAGAACAGACUGGAGCUACUGCUUGUUGUGUGGUCCAUAAACAUUGGCUUGCCACUUUAAAACAGGCAAAGUUUGGAGAAACUAUACAAUUAAAACGAUAUAACAAUAAUAAUCGUUCUCCUUUAAAUUCUAAUAAUUCUGAUCAAUCGAAUACCGAUGAUCGUCAAUCAUCUACUACAAAUGUCUUGGUUAGCGUUUUUUUGAAACAUCAAGUAUCGGAUAAUCGAAGGCCACAAUUGUUUUCAAAAUUCAAUUCUUGUGACAAAAAUGCACCAUUACACAAUUUUGGUGAGGAAACUGAAGUGCCAUUAAGAACUUUCCUCAAGGAGCAACUUGAAGCAAAAGAGAUAUCAAGUUUUGCAGAUAUCGAAACGCAUUAUUAUAACUAUGUUCCAGACAAAAACUCUCAGAAUGAUGAUGAUCUAACUGAUUUAAAUGAUUUUGAGCUUCAAUUAGCUAGACAAAAAGUAUUUGUUAAAAAAUUCAUAGAAGUAUUGUAUCCAGAGAGCGCCUAUUUCCGUAUCAAAUCACCACAUUCAGAGAUUGACAAUGGGGAUAUAUUAUCCAUGGAGUUAUUGUCCGAUCCUGAUUGGUCAUCCGACGUGCCAACUACGAGUCCUAAUUUAAUUGAUGUUUUUGCAGUUUUAGAAUCUGAUCGUGCUUUUUAUUUUAUGGCUCCUUAUCGUGGAACUACGUUACAGGAUUUAUUGAAAUUUAGUUCCGGUAUAUUGAAUUCAAAUGUUAAAAAGUUAUUUAUUUUAUACCAAAUAUUAAAAACUAUACAAAAACUUCAUCAGAAAGGUGUUAUUCAUGGAGGGCUCAGGCCAUCAAACAUUUUUGUGGAUGAAAAUUUAUGGGUCACAAUUGCUGGGUUUGAAUGUUCAGUCCCUGUUUGCGAUGAUGCAACGUCUCAAUGCACACAAGAAAUUGUCUUGGGAAAUAUUCCAAAAGAAAUACAAGAUGAUACGCUUACAAUGAAGUGGGUGCGAGGAGAUAUAUCAAAUUUCGAUUAUAUAAUGUCCUUAAAUUAUCUUGCCGGACGUAGAAUUGGAGAUCCAAAUUUUCAUCCAAUAUUUCCAUGGAUAACAGAUUUUACUGGGCUAGAUAUUUCACAAAAUUGGAGAGAUUUUACAAAAACAAAAUUUCGUCUCAAUAAAGGUGAUGAACAGUUGGACUUUACAUUUGAUGGGCCAGUACCUCACCAUAUUACGGAUAUUUUGUCGGACAUUACAUAUUAUGUUUAUCUUGCACGAAAAACACCCAUUCCGAUAUUGUGUCAAUAUGUGAGGACAAAAUAUGAACCAAAUGAAUAUCCAUCAUCUUUACAAAGACUAUUUGAAUGGACGCCUGAUGAAUGUAUUCCCGAAUUUUAUACAGAUCCAAGUAUAUUUACUUCGAUACAUCCGGAUAUGCCUGACUUACAAUUGCCAGUGUGGGCAUCUUCUGCUGAAGAAUUCAUAAGAAUUCAUUCUGAAGCAUUGGAAAGUGAUUAUGUGUCAAGUAAUUUAAAUCUAUGGAUAGAUUUGACAUUCGGGUGUAAACUUAGCGGUGAGGAUGCUAUAGAAGCAAAGAAUGUUGCGUUACCACUUAUUAAUGGACAUAACUCAUUCAUGAAACAUGGAAUUACACAGUUGUUUUCUGAUCUACAUCCACAAAAAUCCGUACAGAAGAUUAGCAAACAACAUUCACUUGUGUAUAAGAAUGAAGACAGGACUUUAUUGGAAAAUUAUGAAAUAAUGUCUUCAAAAAGAAGAAUUCCAUUAAAAAUGAUAGAAACAGAUUUCAAGACAACAUCAGAAACUUUAACAGAUUUUCUUAAUAUUAAUGGAUCAGAGAAAACUAUAGGAAAAUCGUAUCAUCAAUCUACUACAUCUAAUAGUAAAAUUUCAAAAUCACCAAAACUUGAACCUGCAACAUCGAGAUCGUUAUCUUUAUAUGGGAUUAUCAAUAAUCUUGAUGAAAAGAAAGACCAUCCUACCCAUCCUACGACAGUUAUGGUAACAAAUUCGGACUUAAAAGAUCGUGUUGAAACAUUGACAUCAUUGAUCAAUGCUAUACCAAUACAUUUACCUGAUGAUAUGAGAAACGAAUUUUUUAUAGAGAAAUUGAACAACUUUGAACAAGCACAUUCUUUUGCUACAAAAUAUGUACCAAAUCGGGAUAACUCUAAACAAAAUAAUAUUGGUAAGAGAGACAUUGUUCAAGAUUCGCAAUCGAAGCGUGCAUCGAUUCAUGAUGGGAUAAUGAAAUCAAAUGAAACUUCUUUUGUUUAUGGAAGAGCAUGGGAUGCUUAUUGCUUUGGAAAGAUUAUUGAAAACAUUUAUGACACUUCAAAAAACGUUACAAGUUUAUCAUUGUUAUGUAAUACAAAGAACAAAGAAAAUAAAAAAGAAAAUAUUUGCAAGUUUCCAUUACCAGUUCAAGAGAUUAUUUCUUCAUUAACUGAUCCAGAUUGGAGGAAACGUCCAUCAAUUGAUGCAAUAUUAUACUGUUCAGUACCGGUAAUGAGUUUACACGAUCAAGGUACUACUUUGCCAUUACCUGAUUGUAUACCGGAAGUUUACGAGUUUUUAACGGAUUUUCAUCAAGUAGAUUGGAUUGGUAGAUUAAAAUUAGCCGAACACUGGAUGGAUAAGUUGUGUAAUCUUACUGAUGAGGCAUUUUAUAUGAUAUUGCCAAGCUUAGUAUUAUUAUUUACAAAUGAUUCUAUAAAGUUUGAGGCAUUGAAUAUUUUUUCAAAGCUUGGUCAGAGACUAGGACAAGAUGAAACCAAAGCCCAUCUUUUGAAACCUAUUGUCUCCUUAUUUGAGUCUUCAAGACCUUCGAUCCCAAAAAUUCUAUUUGAUUCUGCUAUAAUUGAGGAAUUUAUACAUAAAUUUGGAAUUCCUAAUUUUCUUCAGCAGUUAUUUCCACUUUAUUUGGAGUCUUUAACAAUCGAAGAGAACGUGUUACCAUAUACAUUUGGAAUUACAACUGACAUAGAAACCCAACACAGCUAUGAUAAUCAAUUCAAUUUAAAAAAUACAAAAUAUUUAUCAGGAAAAGAAAUUAUGUCAGGUCCGGCAUCAACAAUAAGCGCUAGUUUGGACAAUGCAUUGCCAAGUGUAGCACAGUUAGCAAAUGAAGCGCUUGUAGAUAUAUGUACUUUAAUUGGUCCUAUAUUGAGCAAUAAAUAUGUUAUGAAGCAGGUUUAUAAAAUGUUUUUAAGAGAAAGUCCUACUUUAAAUUUUCUAAUGCAAAGUGUUUUGGCUAUUGGAAAUCAAUUUGGAGAAACAUUUAUACAACUACAAUUUUCUCAAGUAAUGGGUAUAUUGCAACAAUAUAGUUAUUUUACAAUGAAUAAUAAGAAUUAUAUAAUAUUAUGUAAUCAUUUAUCUUUGUUAGGAAAGUUAACGACAUUAAUGCCAAGUUCUAAAAUAUUAACAGAAAUAGAAUCAGGACUAUCAGAUAUUUUAACUAAAUUAUUACUAUUAUUUGGAGAAGAAUCUGAUGCUAAUGUUUCUAAGUCAACUAGUAUAACUAAUAAAAAAGAAGUAAAUAAUACUAAUAAAAAAAGCAAUUUAUUAACACAGAUAAUGAAAAAUAAAUUGUCAAUUAGUGUAAAAACAAUGGAAUUCAUAUUACAUAUUUGUAAUAAUAUUGGAAAAGUUGAGUGGAAAAAACAUAUUGCACCUAUUCUGAUAAAAUAUUUUGAAUUGUUUGAAAAAUCGGUUCAAAGUAAUGGAAAUAUGGAUGAAGCUACAUUAAGUAGGCUUGAACAGGAAAGAGAUCAACAGAUUAUAUAUGCGUAUUCACAAUUUUGUAUAUUAUUUGAACCUGAAACUAUUAGACAAAUUAUUCCUAAUAGUAAUAUUUUCGAAACAGCUAGUUUAGUUCCUUCGGGAUCUUAUUCUAAUUCAACUUCAUCUUCACUUCAUGCGAUGUCUCCAUCACUUUCAUCAGCAGAAAUUCCAAGUGAUCAAGUAUCAAUAAUAUCAUCAUCAUCUGAUAAUACUUUACAUAAAGAAAAAAGUUCUGUUUCUUCCUUAUUAACAACUUCUUCAACUAGUUUACGUUUAAAUAUAAAUGAAGAUAAAAAACAUUUACCAUUAUUAACAAAUACAAAUAAUUUUACAACAAAAGAAGCAAUUAUUACAACUACAGCAACCGCAAUGACUACGUCAGAAUUUAGUGUAAAUCGAACAUUUAGUUUACUUGGUAGUGGAGAAAUUACUAGUAGAAAAUUAUUAGAUAUCAACCACAAUAAUAUAACAAAUAUAGGAGAACGAGGAUCUCCUAUUAGAACUACGAGAAAAAUGAGUGUUGGAGGAUUAUCGACAUCAAUACCUUCUAAAAAUAAUUCUGGAAAUGUUAAAAAAUCAAAAUUAAAAGGAAUUAAUUUAUCUUGGAAAACUAAAAAUUCUUCUCAAGAAGAUUUAAAAAAUUGGACUAGAUUUUUAUCAACAAAUUCAGAGGAAAUGUCAAAUUCUAUGCAAUUUACAUUUAAUGAUUUAAAAUUAAGAACAUUUCAAGGACAUGGAUCAGCUAUUCGUUCUAUUAACACAAACGAAUAUAGUCGAUUAAUUGUAUCAGGAUCAAAAGAUCGUACAGUUAAAUUAUGGUCUUUAAAUAUUCAUCAUGGAAUAGAAAAUAAUUUAAAUGAACCAUAUUCAGAAUGUUUAAAAACAUAUACAGGACAUAAAAAAAAUACAAUUUUAGAUACUUAUUUUAUUAGUAGAGGUGAAAGUUGGGGAUUAGGUAAUCAUAUUGUUAGUUGUGAUGGACAAAUUCAUAUAUGGGAUCCUGAAACUGGAAUAACUUUACAUCAAUUUGGAAAUUUAAGAAUUCCAUAUUUAUCAAUUAAACCUAUAUUUAGAACAAGAUAUUUAGUUGGAGGUUUAUCUGAUACAACAAUUACAUUUUUUGAUACUAUGUCCUCUAGUCUUUUACAUUCAUGGAAAAGUGGAUUAGGUUUUACUGGUAUAAUAAAAACUAUAUGUAUUAAUCCAAGUGAAACUUUAAUUGCAGUUGGAUUUUCUAGUGGAAUUAUUUCACUAUUAGAAUCACGAACUGGAACAUUAAUUUAUAGUUGGAAAGCUAGUGAUACUGAUAUUACUCAUUAUCUUGUGCUUCAACAGAUCAUAUUAUUUAUAUUUGGAAUACUGAUAAUGGUUGUUUAAUAAAUACUGUUAAAGUUAAUUCAGAUAUAAUAGCAUUAAAUAUGUAUAAAGAUGAAGUCAUUACAAUUAAU